AUGUUUAUUUCAAAUUUACAGCAGAAAGGCUUCACCCGUUUCCAUGUCAAAAUCUUACCGCGCAAUAAAUGCGCGACACCUUCAUUCAUAUUAGCUCAUUCUUAUGUAAUAACUGCUUGUCCGUGUUCCCGCUGUCUUUUCAUUCUCUUCAUCUCUUUCUCUUUCCACUCUCUCUUUUCACUUUCCUCCAUUUUUCUCUUUCCACUCUCUUCUUCUCUUUCUCUUUCCAAUCUCUCUUUUCACUCUCCUCUUUUUUCUUUCCUCUCUCUUUUCCUCUUUCCACUAUCUUUUCACUCUCCUCCUUUUUUCUCUUUCCACUCUCUCUUUUCCCUCUCCUCCUUUUUCUUUCCACUCUCUCUUUUCCCUUUGCUCCUUUUUUCUUUCUAUUCUCUUCUCCUCUUUCCACUCUCUCUUUUCCCUCUCCUCCUUUUUUUCUUUCCAUUCUCUUCUUCUCUUUCCACUCUCUCUUUUCCCUAUCCUCCUUUUUUUUCAAUUCUAUGCUCCUCUUUCCACUCUCUCUCUUUUCCCUCUCCUCCUUUUUUCUUUCUAUUCUCUUCUUCUCUUUUCACUCUCUCUUUUCCCCUCCCGUCCUUUUUUCUUUCUUUUCUCUUCUUCUCUUUCCACUCUCUCUUUUCCCUCUCCUUCUUUUUUCUUUCCAUUCUUUUCUCCUCUUUCUAUUUCCACUAUCUCUUUUCCCUCUCCUUUUUCUCUUUCUCUUUCCCUCUCCUCCUUUUUCUCGUUCCACUCUCUUCUCCUCUAACCACUCUCUCUUUUCUCUCUCCUCUAAUUUCUCCUUCCAUUCUCUUCUCCUCUUCCUCUUUCUCCUUUUUCUCUUUCCACUCUCUUCUCCCCUUUCUCUUUCCACUCUCUUCUCACCAUUCUCCUUCCACUAUCUCUUUUCCCUCUCCUUCUUUUUUUCUUUCCAUUUUCUUCAUCUCUUUCCACUCUCUCUUUUCCCUAUCGUCCGUUUUCUCUUUCCAGUUUUUCUUUUCACUUUCCAACUUUUUCUUUUUCCCCUCUCUUCACUUUUUCUCUUUACUUUUUCUCUUUUUUCUUUCUACUCCCUUUUCUCUUUCCUCUCUAUUGUCCUCUUUCUCUUUUUACUCUCUUCUCCUUUUUCUCUUUACGCUCUCUUCUUUUCUUUCUCUUUCCACUCUCUUCUCUUUCCACUCUUUGCAUUUUUCCUUUCCUCUUUCCACUCUCUCUUUUGACUCAUUUCCUUUUUAUCUUUCUUCUCUCAUCUCUUUUUCUCUUUCCAAUCUAUCCUUCUUUUUUCUUCCCACUCUCUUCCCCUCUAUCUCUCUUUCCACUCUCUUCUUCUUUUUCUCUUUCUACUAUCUCUUUUCCCUCUCCUCCUUUUUCUCUUUCUACUCUCUUCUUAUUUCUUUCCUCUCUCUCUCUCUUUCCCUCUACUCCUUUUUCUCUUUCAACUCUCUUCUUCUUUUUCUUUUUCCACUCUCUCUUUUCCCUCUCCUCCUUUUCUCUUGUCACUGUCUAUUUUCACUUUCCCCCUCUUACCCUCUUUCUUUUUACCCUAUCUUCUCCUAUAUUUCUCUCUCCUCUUUUUAUCUUUCCAUUCUUCUCCUCUUUCUCUUUAUUUUUUCUCUUUUUUCUCGUCUCCCUUUUCUCUUUCCACUCUCUUCUCCUCUUUCUCUUUCCACUCUCUUUUCCUCUUUCUCUUUCCACACUCUUCCCUUAUUUUCUCUUUCCACUCUCUUCUCUUUCUCUUUCCACUCACUUCUUUUCUUUCUCUUUCCAUUCUUUUCCUAUUUCGCCUUCUACUCUCUUCUCCUCUUUCUCUUUCCAAUUUGUUCUCCUAUUUUUCUUUUUACUUUUUCCCCCUCUCCACUGUCUCUUUUGACUCUUUUCCUUUUUCUCUUUCCUCUCUCUUCUCUUCUUUCUCUUUCCAAUCUAUUUUGGGUUUUUUUUUUCUUUCCACUCUCUUCCCCUUUUUUUUCUCUUUCAACUGUCUUCUCCGAUUUCUCUUCCCGCUUUAUUUUUCUCUCUUUCGCAAUCUUCGCACGACUCACUCUCUCUCUCUCUCUCGCUCUCUGCUCACUCUACUCUCUCUCUUCUCUCUCUCUCUCUCUCUCUCUCUCUCUCUCCGUUAUUUUUUAA